AUGGCUGUGCGGAACCUUGGCCAGAAUGGAUUACUUCUAAGGAGGCUGAUGCAGAGCGCAGAUGCCGGACGCCUUAACAUCGCUAGAUUCACUUACUCCGCUUUCCAGGCUCAGUCUUCCUAUCCAUCCCGGCCGUCGGUCGGUCUUGAGCUUGCGCAGCUCCGCCGUGGUUACUCGAGCGGCCCAUCCACAUCGCAAGGAUCAAGCAGCCCCAACCACUUCCCACCGCCGGGAUUCAAUGUCGAAAAGGCCAAACAGCCUCUUUCAAAGGAGACUCAGCCGUCAGCUACCCCGUCACAGGAGCGGAACACUUCGAGCUCGAUCUCGAGGCGGUUGGAUAGCAUAGAGCUUGAGUCCAGGGAGUUGGAGAAGCGGAUACAUGAUGCUGCUGCUGUCGAGGCAGGCGAGAAGGGACAGGUAGAGGAGAAAAAGGAGGUUAAGAAGUUGACUCUCGGACAGAAGAUCAAGAAGGAAAUCCAGCAUUACUGGGACGGAACGAAACUGCUAGCUGCGGAGGUGAAGAUUAGUUCUAAACUUGCGCUGAAGAUGGCUGCGGGUUACGAGCUGAGUAGGAGAGAGAACAGACAGUUGAAAAGAACAGUCCGAGAUCUGGCGCGGCUGGUUCCUUUCUCUGCCUUCGUUAUUAUUCCCUUUGCUGAGCUACUUCUCCCUGUGGCUCUCAAACUCUUCCCAAACCUCCUACCAAGCACCUACGAGGGCCAAAAGUCUAAGGAUGACAAGGCUGCUAUUCUCCGAGGCACCCGUAAGGAGGUCUCCAAUUUCCUGCAGGGAACGCUGAGAGAGACCGGUUUGCCUGUCAGUCCGAUCAACGCUAAGAAGGAGGAAUUUACUGAAUUCUUCCGAAAAGUCCGAGCAACCGGCGAAACACCAUCGGACGAAGACGUUAUCGCCGUCUGCAAGAUCUUCAAGGAUGAUCUGACCCUGGACAACUUGUCGCGACCCCAGUUGGUGGCGAUGUGCAAGUACAUGAAUCUCAACACUUUCGGCACCGACGCUAUGCUCCGAUAUACCAUCCGCGUCAGAAUGCGCCAGAUUAAGCGUGAUGACAGGGCCAUUGCCUAUGAAGGAGUUGACUCUUUACUUAUCCCGGAGCUUCAGAUGGCAUGUGCUUCUCGCGGUCUCCGAACCCAUGGUCUUUCUCCUGCUAGACUCCGUGAUGAUCUGUCGAUGUGGCUUGAUUUGCGUUUGAAGCAGGGUGUUCCAUCUACCCUGCUUGUUCUAAGCAAUGCAUACAUGUAUACCCAGCACUCGCAAGAGUAUGAGAUUUCUUCUCAGAUGGAUGCCCUCCGGUCUGUACUGUCCAGUAUCCCCGAGGAACUGUUCCAUGAGAUCGAGCUCGAGGUCCAUAACGCCGAGGGAGCAGCUACGAACAAGCAGCGUCUCGAGGUCGUGAAGGAGCAACAAGAGCUUAUCGAGGAAGAGAACGAGCAGAUCACUGAGAACGGCAACACGGGUAUGCCAGCACCCAAGGACCAUGAGGACAUCGACGAGAAAGAAGACAAGCACAUGGAUGCAUCGUCUGGUGCCGAGUCUACUUCUCAGUCCGAAAAGACCGAGACUGAUGCCACAACCGACAAGGAGUCUCCCAAGCAGACUCAGUCGGAAGAAAAGAAGCAGUAA